CGCGCUUGAGAUGGCGCGUUUGGGAGAAAAGGAGUCUCAACGAAUUCUUCUCCUCUCGUCUGUCCAGCGUGAGAAGAUGGGCGACCAACCAGACGAUGCAUUUCCUCCGAAGCGACGAUGCUGGUGUUGUCGUUAUCCUUGAUCCUCUCCAUUUCUGUGUUAUUAAUGGAUUAUCCACCACGAUUGACCUUUUGGUUUGGUGAUUUGGCCAUCCGAAAAAGGAUGACCACGCUGUGCGAUAAUAAUGCCAUACAUGCACAAUUUUCUUUUUCAGAUCAAUUGCCAAACCCCAAACCGAAGCCGAAGCUGCUGCUGCCUGUUUGAAUUCGUUUGUUUAGGAUUUUGAUUUUUGUUUUUUUUUUUUUCCGUAUAUUUAUUGUAUAAUUGUUUGGCUGAAUCAUCAGCGUUGAUAAUUGCUUGCAAGUGGGGCAUUUAUUGGUUCCAUGCAACUACUUCUGGUGAGCGAACGUGCCGAUUUUCAAUGAUUUAUUAAUCUCUCCCACGCAUUUGCGUCGGCAAUCCAUUCAGACGAGGCGAUUAAGUGGUUCCCUGAGCAUUUGAGUUGAAGUUAGGCAAAGAUGUCGUCGAUUGAACAAGGAACGGGAGGAACAUCGGGGAACAUACCAGGUUACUGCUUGUUUGACCUACUGCAAAUGGAAGCUUCCUCAAGCUGGAGCUGGACUGAGAAUCCGCUAAAAUUAAGUCCCCAAACAAGGCUGAAGAGCCUGCUUUCUGAAGCUGGCAAUGGGUUCUGCGCCGACUGCGGUUCUCCACAUCCAAAAUGGGUAUCUUUCAAUAUUGGAGCAUUCAUCUGUAUAAAAUGCUCUGGGAUGCACAGAAGCCUUGGAGUGCAUAUAUCAAAGGUUUUUUCCCUCAAGCUAGAUGAAUGGACCAAUGAGCAAGUCGAUGCCUUAAUUGAAAUGGGAGGAAAUAAUGCAGUGAACUUGAAAUAUGAAGCAAACAUGCCGGACAAUUACAGUAAACCGAAGCCAGAUGCCUCCGCUGAGGAGCGCGCUGAUUUCAUAAGGAGAAAAUAUGAGAUGAAACAGUUUAUGAACAAUGAUCUCCCAGAGUUGUCUUGCCCCCUACCACCACAAUUACCCAAUUUUUCGAGCAGUCUUCAAUCUGCGCCGGAGAAGAAGCGUUACGAAAAACAGUUCACUUAUCGCUUCCAGAGCCUAGGAUAUGCAUUUCAUAAUAGCAGGAGGAAACCCGAGCACAAGCCUGCAAAGAAGAGUAACUCUAUGGCAGGCAUGGUUGAAUUUGUAGGGCUAAUCCACGUUACCAUAGUAAGAGGCACCAACCUAGCUGUCCGAGACAUGGUUUCUAGUGAUCCAUAUGUCAUUCUCUCACUUGGCAACCAGUCGACCAAGACACGAGUGAUAAAGAACAGCCUCAACCCAGUUUGGAACGAAAAGCUAAUGCUGUCGAUUCCUCAAGAAAUUCCUCCUCUCAAGUUGUAUGUAUACGACAAGGAUACCUUCUCAACAGACGAUUUUAUGGGGAAUGCAGACAUCGACAUCAACCCACUGCUCUCCGCAGCAAAAGUUUCGGAGGGCUCCUCAGAUAACGGCCCGACACAGGCUACUGCGAAUGUAGAAACAAAUAAGGACACAACGAUCAUUCGGGAGGGUGAGAUCUCUGUAGAAGAUGGUAGGGCAAAACAGGAGAUUUCUAUUAAGUUGCAGAAUGUGGAAAGGGGAGUUCUAGAGAUUGAGAUUGAAUGCGUUCUACUCACACAAUAGUGUCUCUGCAAAACCAUAACUAUCAAGUCCAUUUUGUUGAGCUGUUUGGUGUUCAUUUUCAGCCAAAUCUUGAUUCCAUUUACUUAACACAAUUGAAAUUAUCAUUCCUAAACUGCCGAAUAACGUGACACAACUAAA